ACCUUCUUUGUUCUUAGAGGUGAAAGCUGCUGGCCUUGGUUGCCGCAAAAGUUUGCCCUUAGUCAAGCUGGCGUAUGCAGCAUUUGCCCUCAGCAAAGAUGGCGGCGCCCCAUUAGCUUUCUAUCGUGCCCUCAGCACGUACCAUUGCAGAGCGGCCUAAGUGGCUUCACAGUCGGAUAUACAAGAUGGCGGAAGCGGUUGCGGCCGUUUGAAUUCCAACGAAGCCGCCAAACUCGGACAAUAACAACCAGAGCCGCCACCGCCGCCGGAGGGUCCCUGCGGGGGUCGCACCGCCAUGGACUCGCUGCCGGGGGAGGACCUCACCCUGCCCGUGGAGUUUAGCGGCAGCGUCAGUAUUUCCAGACUGCCAGAUGUCUCCAGAGAAGAACCUUGUAUUGGCGUAGGAGGUAAUGGAGUGUUUCUGGAUGUGGCGGAAGAUAUAGUUUCACCAACCAGAGCUCGGACCAUGAAGGAUUAUGAAAAUCAAAUAACUGACUUGAAAAAAGAGAACUUCAACCUAAAGCUUCGUAUAUAUUUUCUGGAGGAGCGAAUGCAGCAGAAAUUUGAUGGUCCCACUGAAGACAUCUACAAAAUUAAUAUAGAGCUAAAGGUUGAGGUAGAAAGUUUGAAACGUGACCUGCAGGAGAGGGAAAAACUGCUCAUCAAAGCUUCUAAAGCGGUUGAAAGCUUGGCUCAAGGCGGUGAUGCUGAAAUUCAGAGGGUGAAAGAAGAGUCUCAGAAGAAAGUACAACAAGUGGAAGAAAUUCUCACCAGCAGAAUAAACCUUUUGGAAGAGAAUCUUAAAGCUGCCCAAGAAGAAGUGGAAAAAGCCUUUGCAAUGACAGAAAGGGAGAAAGUUCUGCGAAUGGCUGUUGAACAAAAACUCUCUGCAGUUACAAAUACAGAUUUGAAGGAGCCGGAUACUAUUGCAGAACUAACAGAAAAAGACAGACUUAUAGAACAACUGGCUCUGUCUUUGAAAAGUAAAGAAGCUAUAAUUCAGCACCUUGAAGAGGAAAAGUCUCAAAGUGAAACUUGUGAUGGGAACUUACCAGCAGAAAAAAUCAGAGAACUUACUGUUGCUUUGAGUAAAAAAGAUUGUGAGAUAGAGGCUGUUAAAAUGGACCUCAGAAAUGAGCGAAAUUGUUUUGAAAAAAAAAUUCAGUCUCUUCAAGAAGAACUACAAGAGAGGGAGAAUGAGCUCAGUGUUGAAAAGAAAAAUGGUUUGAAAAGGGAUAAAACAAUUCAAGGUCUAACUCUUGCUUUAAAAACAAAGGAAAAAGAGAAUGAAGAACUUAAUUCUGAAAUUGAAAACCUAAAUGUUUCAUUGGUGAAGUCAAGAGAGGCCACUCACAAAGCUCAGAUCCAGAAAUUCAAGGGUGCUGAGGAUUAUCAAGCUCUCUUGAUGGAAAAAGAAACCCUUCUAGCAGAGCUGCGUUCAGAAAACCUUACAAAAGAUACAGAGAACCGGAAACUACAAAGGAGGAUUAAAAGGACUGAUCAAGAACUAAAUGAUUUGAAUUUAGAGAAGGAGAAAAUGGAGAGGGAACUGGAUGAAGCACAACUACAGAACAGUAGAGGCGACAAAACCAUUAAUGAUCUUAGAAAUCAGCUAGAGAAAUUACAUGGUGAAAUGAUUGAGAAAGAAAAAGCAGUGGAACAUCAUUACAAUAUUCUUUUGAGUGAAAGCAAUCAGAAGUUGCAAAGUCAAGAACUAGUUAUCAAGCAACUAACAGACAGUGUCUGUCAAAAGGAUCUAUUGCUUCAGAAACUUGAAGUAACAAUUAAAGAAAAGGAUGUAGAACUUGAAGAACUUUUUAAUAAGUGUAAAAACCUUUUAAAAGCUAAAGAAGAUCUUGAGUUGAAGAAUGAAGGCCUAAUAAAGGAAAAAAGUGUGUCCGAAUCUCAACUGUCAAUCAUCAAGAUAGUCAAAGAGUUGGAGGAAAAAAAAGAAUCUGAAUAUGAAGAGUUGAUUCUAGCCUUAAGAAAAGAGAAGCACAUUUAUUCUACUCUGGUGAAAACUCUCAAAGACUCAGACAGUAUAAAUAACCUGCAAAUGGAGUUGAACAACAUUUUUUUGUUGCGAAAACAACUGGAGGAAGAUGUUUUAGCUAAUCAGAAUCUACGGAAGGUGCUGGAGGAUCAAAUUAAGGACACACAAAAUAAAGAAGAUGAAACCUUUUCUUUUUGUGGAGAUCAAACAUCUUAUAUGAGUAUUUGUCUAGGAGAGCAAGAUUAUUUAAACCUACAGAUUGACCAUCUGUCGCUUGAAGAACUUAAAAAAAAGGUUGGUGAACUCAUCUUGAUGGUUAGGAACCUGCAUUCAAUUAACCAAGAGCUAAAGAAAAAUCAUCUUGGACUCUCCAGAUUAGAGAUUCAGGAGAAAGAAACUCUGAAAAUAUUAAACCAGAAUGAGUUUGUUGAAAGAACAGAGGAAAACAUGAGACAAGCUGGAGAUUUUGACAAUAAGAAUGCAGAGAGCCGUCAGUGGUCUGAGAGGACCAGUGAGGCAUGUUCUCAGCUGCCUUUGGAUCAUCAUCCUGAUUUUGAUAUGCAGAUAGCUCCUUCAGACUAUUCAGAUGGUUUUUGCAAAGGCAGACAUUAUAGGAAUCCAAAUAAGCCUCAGCUUGAACAUGAUAUUGCUGGCAAACACUUUGGCAGAAUAGAGAUGAGUGAACAUGAAGCAGAAGAGAUCAGCUUGCUCACAUCUCUUUUAAAUGAAAAUGGAACAUCUGUACUUGAAUCUAGCAGACAAGAACAAAUGAAAAUUAUAAUUGCGCUGUUAGAUCAUCUGGGCACAACUGAACAAGAAUGUUCAAGCGAAGAUAUAGAGAAUAAGGAUGAAAAAGAUCUGAGGCAAAUGAUUAUUCAAUUAAGAGCUGAACUGAGACAUUUCAAGCAGGUCAAUAAAUUCUUAAAGCAGCAAGUUGAAUUCCAAUCAACUUUUGAUGGAAAAGAGAGGUUUUAUCCAGAUGCCGCUCCACAGGUUAAUAAGGAUAUUGAAUUGUUAAAAGUGGAAUUGAAAGAUGUAGCUACACAAACAAUGACUAUAGAGGGCAAUGUCAUAAGACUCAAACAUGAAGGCAAACGGGGAACCUCAGAAGAAAAAACAAAAUAUUCAAGAUUAAAUGCAGAAGCUCAGCAAGAAAAUGUGUCUAAGAAGGGUGAGCAACAUGAGAGACUUUCAGUUACAAGCAGAACAAAUAAAAGUGAAUUCAUUUAUCCAUUCAAGAAAUCCCGUUUACCCAUUCCAUUAAAAUCAUCUAGAUCAUUAGGAAACAUUUCCUUAGCCUUUUGUACACAGAAGACAGACGUGCAUUCACAGCACCAGCUCAUGGCACUUGAUGAAGGUCUGGAGGAAUGUAAAAUACAAAACAAACAACUUCACAAAGACGUAUCUCUGAGUGGAUCUGUAAUUGAAAAUCUGCAAGAGAGGCCCGAACAAGAAAGAGUAUUGGUGAGAGCUGAAUCAGUGGUCAGAUUGGAUUGCAAAGAGACCCAGAUGGACACUCAGGGGCUUGGAUAUGAUAGUUGUGACAAGAAUGAAAAUAAGAUGGUCAUUGAUCAGAGAAACAGCCAAGAAACAGAAACUUCUCGUAACAUUAGUGACAUGAACAUUUUACAUUCAUUGAAAGAGCUAAAUAAAGAGUUUUAUUCCAUGGAUAACCAGGACAUUGACUCAGCUACAACAUAUUCAAGUUCAAAGAGUCUGCUUUCUCUCAAACUGAGUGUGGCAAGUGCAGACGCAUUUGAUGACUACGAAAUCAUAGACGACGUUGAAGAAUUAAGGCAAAGAAUUAAAAAUAUGAAGUCUGAGCUUGAAAAGUACAAAAUGUUCAUAUUUAAUUUGCAGCCUGCUAAUAAUUUUUUGUCCAGUGAUAUUUUCAGUAUAGUUUUGAAUGAUGCUGAAUUGCCUAUGGAAAGACAUAUUAUAAUGCAAAAUGCUGAUGGACAAGAGGCCAAAACAUUUUCGACGGUACAUCAGCAAGUGGAUUAUGAAAUCCACAUUAAAAACCUGAAUUCACACUCUGCAGAAACAUCUGAUGAACAAACAUCACAAAAACUUAAGCAGUUAUUAUUAGAAAAUGAGGCGGAACUUGAAAAAGAGCAAAUUGCAAAUAUGCAUCUUCUCGAUGAAGUAUAUCAUCUGCAAAACAAACUUAGAGAAACGUCACCAUCCAAGUAUGAUUCACUGUUACAUUCCCAAGCUCGAGAGCUCUCCUUUCAACGCCGGCAAAUUAAAGAGAUACACAGCAUCUGUGUCACCUAUCAUCAGCAUCUGACCAGCCUUAUUAAAGCUUUUGAGGAACUGCUUCAAGCCAGUGAUGUUGAUUAUUAUGUUGCUGAGGGCUUCCGUGAACAGCUGAAUCAAAGUGUGCAACUUUUUGAGAAGCUGGAAAAAAAAUUUCUGUAUGGAGAAUCAUUGGAUGCAGAAGUUGCCAAACUCUAUAUAUUAGCACAAAGGGAUAAUGAGAAGACCACCACAGUGUACCAGCAACUUACGGAUGAAUUACCUGUACCAUCUGAUUUUCAUAGCAUGUCUGACUUUGAAAUGUCAGAAAAAUCAUCUGUUAGAUCACCUACACAUAAACAAGACCUAGUGGAGGAAGAACAUGACAAACUAGCAUUUGUGCCAAACAAGUUUCCCCCAGAGUUAUUAAUGGAGCAUCUUCAAGAAAUUCGAACUCUAAGACAACGCUUAGAAGACUCCAUUAAAACUAAUGAGAGAUUGAGGCUACAGCUUGAACGGCAAGUAACAGAUAUGGAACUAAAUCAAGAUUCUGCAAACAUUUUUAUCCAUGGCUCAGAGCAACAUAAUUCUCUGACUUCUGAAAUUCAUUUCCUGAGGAAGCAAAAUCAAGUUCUGAAUGUAAUGUUUGCAAAAGGAUCUAGAGAUAAACAAAAGGAAAAUGAAAAGUUAAGAGAAUCCCUCUCUAAGAAGAAUGCAAUCAUUGAACAUCUUCACAAGGAUUAUGAAUGCAUCAAGAAAGAAAAUGAAAUGUUGCAAAAACAAAUUGGCAAAAAGGAGGAUGAAAAUAGACAUUUGACACGUGAGAUUUACAGCAGUCGUAAUGAAUUGAACAGGUUGCAGACAGAAAUGAAUGCAAAGCAACAUCAGCUGUCUGAGAGUGACAAAUUACUGCAGUCACUCCGAGUUGAGCUAAAGGUAUAUGAAAAGUUGGAUGAAGCCAGGAGAAGCAGAACAGAAAUCUUGGAUCCUGGAAAUGAUGCAGCGGAAGAAUUCCAAAAAGAUCAAAAUAAUCCACUUGACUUACAUGAACUAUUGACUGAAAUACAGAGUUUGCGAGUGCAACUUGAAAGAAGCAUAGAGACAAACAAGACUUUGCAUGAAAAAUUAGUGCAGCAGAUUUCAAAAGAAAAGAGAGAAGAAGCAGCCUCAGUGUCAGCUGUGAAUAUCAGCUACCUUUUAGAAAGAGAUUCACAGCAUUAUACAGGAAUGAAUGAAACACAAUUAGUAUCUAGAGACGAUUUAGACAGCUCUUCGCGGUGCAGUAGCAGCUCCUCCACUGGCACAUCAUGCACCCCUCGUCUUGUUCCCGGUCAUCGUAUGUGGGCAGACAAAAAUGGACGCCAUAUCCUUGGCUUGAUUGAGGAUUAUAAUGCUCUACGGAAACAGAUCUCAGAGGGACAAAAGCUGGUAUCUGAAAUGGAGGCACCUCUCAGAGAGAUAACUGGGUUGAAACACAUGGAACCUAGAGUAAAGGUUCCUAAGCAGGAAUCACUGAAUAACUUUUCUGCAAAUAUUCACACGUUACAGCUGAUUUUAGAAGAGUCUGCACGUUUAUUAAAACUUCUCUGGAGAGUUUCACUUCCUAUGAAAGUUGUCCACAAUACUGCUCGCUGCAAUCAGGAUGAAGGAAUGAAAGCAGAAAUACUUAGACUCCAUAAGAAAUUGUCUGAGCAGGAGAAGAAGCUACAUAGUACUGUUAAACGCUUGCACUCUACAAACCAGCUGAAGGAAAACAUGGAGAAAGUCAUCAUUGAUCAAUUGGCUUUAACCCAUGAUGUUUUAAAGAAGGCGAGAGGAAACCUAGAAGUUCAGCCAAGUGAAAAUCAAAAAGCAGCUUCACAUACCAACAAGAAAAGGAUUCUGUGAAGGAGAAAGUUCCACUAAUAAAGCCUGUUCCUUCAUGUGAUCGUUGUGUGUAGGCGUCUUUACAGUUUAAGCCUUAAUAUUGCUUGGGUUAAAGGGUUCUUUGACACUUGAAUAGUUGAUAACCUUUGACAAAACUCUUGUGAAAUAACUUAUUUAGCAUUUUAUAUUGACAAAUGACUAAUUUUGAAUAUUUAUUAUAUAAACCGGUACUGGAGGGAUUGAAAAGAAGAGCAGAAAGUGUUUCACAUGGGUUCAUCUUAAAUUUUCUACUUUUUUGCUAUGCUGUAUUUUUUUUUUUUUUAGAUAGAUUCAUUCUGUUUCUUCUUGUGGUACAAUAUUUCCUAGUGCCUAAAAGACUUAGUCAAAGCAAUUAUCCACUUUCAACUUCUUUUACAAUGGAUACUUGCAGUACGUUAAUAGUUUUUCUUUAGGUCUGUGUUGCAUCAUUGGAUUUUAGGACUGUGGGAAGCUUUCAGUAUUUUAAAGCAUUGUCAAUAUGUGCAUGAAGGAUUUUGCUGAGAGCUACCUGAUGUGUAGCUAACUUCUACAGUAGCAAUUAGAAUCUGAUGGUAGGUCUGAAAAUGUGAAUUAAAAUCUGGCAUUUGUUAAA